AUGCCGGCGACCAACUCGCCCACAGUUGGUAUCCGCAAUCGAGAAGGAAGCAGAGAUGGUCCGCGAUCAACUGCGCACCGCUCAAAACCCGGGAAAGAAUUGGGAGAAGUGGAAAAAAAUAAUAAGCGCCAACUGCAAAAUUUGCAAAAGAAGCCUCGGAUGCAAGAUACACAAGCUGUCGAUAUUGCCCGUGUCUCGCUGGAUCAAGCUGCUGAGCGGCGGUCACGAGGGCGAGCCAGUACAAUCAAGAUACUGCGUUCGACUUCCAAGCAUUCCGAGAAAUCCACCAAACACUUCUUUCGUCCACUUAACACAAGCUUAGGAAAGGUAUCGAUUGAGGAGGUGAUCACACCGAGUGGCAGCGCGUCAUCAAAACCUCAAGAAAUAUCGCUCCGCUUCUUGGAGCACUGGGGAUCAGAGAUGGGAGAUCGCGCCAGUCCAACAGGUGGAGCACCUCCACCUGAUGAGGCCAAGCAGCGCAAACUUCUGGGCUCUAUCGUUAAAGUAGCAUCAGAUUUGGAUAGGGACAUACUAAAUGCCCCCGUGACACCAUCUGACCUCGCGAGUGCGAUCAAACACAUGAAUGCGACUUCAGCACCAGGGAUGGAUGGACUGACUGCUGGUUUCUACCAGGUGGCUCCAAAAGUGUUUGGUGAAUGA